AUGAAUGGAAAUGAUUUGAUCAGUCAAGAAAUUUCAACCAUGCCGAUUUUCCAUCCACAUGCUAACCUCAAGCGUUUCGCGAUUUGUAUUCUUUUGAAGUCUCACUGUAGAGUAAAGCACGAUCUAUCGGAACUUUCUCGAUGUGACGAUAAGCAGCGAAAAACUUACAAGAUGCAGGUCACCAUCUUCCACGAUCGUCCUUUCCAAUCCAUCCUAAGCAGAGGCAUCGCUGGUUUAUUCCGGAUCGAUAAACCUACACCAAUACUUAGGCUGUACGGUAACGAAACAUUCACGCAUCUUGCGGAAUUAUGGCGAACUCUUGGUGGCUUCAGCGGUGUCCAACUACUUUCCGGGCAUAUUCUCUCAGAAGAUGAACAAUUACUUCUUGAUCAGGAAAAAGCCUACGGAGAUAUCGUUUACAACUUCCGAUUUCUAACAGAGCAAGAAAAACGGUCUCAGUUCGCCUCAAGUCAUCUAGGGGAGUCGUCUGUCAUACACUAUACAGCUUUCACUUCCGAAGGAGCCAAAUACUGUCCUUGGAUGAAAAAAGAGCUGGUAGCAAAAGGUGUCGAGUUUGUGGAACGUAAAAUUGAUAGUUUAGAUGAGCUGGCUGAUGAAGGUUAUGAGAUCGUUGUCAACUGUGCCGGACUCGAUGGCGGACGUCUGGCUGGCGUUCCGGACGACACGUUCCCAAUCCGUGGAAUCCUGCUAAAGGUUGACGCACCAUGGCAAAAGCACUUUCUUUUCAGAAAUUUCACCACAUUCACUAUUCCAACAAUCGAUGCAGUUUACGUGGGAACUGUAAAAGAAGACUAUAAGGACAGUAUGGACCUCACUAAAAAUGAAACUAAUAAUCUCUGGUGCCGAUAUCUUAGCCUCCAACCCACAUUUAAGGACGUGAAGGUCAUUGAUCACUUUGUCGGACUUCGCCCAGGACGAUCUAUUGUUCGAGUUGAAGCUGAAAUGAAAACUUCAAAGAAAGGAAAUCCCUAUAAGGUCGUCCACAACUACGGUCAUGGCGGAAGUGGAUUCACGAUUGGAUGGGGAACAGCGCUUCAUGCAAGUGCUUUAGCGCUUGAUCUACCAACCGACCAUUAUGAGGCGGCGCUAGCGGAAACGACAGCACUGGAAGAUCCGGGGGAAGGAUCUGCCGAAGCCUUAUCGCCACUUAAAACUCGUGUUAUUCGUGCAUAA